AUGUCCUUUCGUCCAGACAGCUCUGUCGAACUCCCCAGCGGUGGUUUAGUGUGCAACGCUCAUCACCUAAGAAUAUGCGGUAUCUGCACUGUCGAUUAUAACUUCAUGGACGAUAUGACCGACCACGCAGAUGAGCCCGUGAGCGGUUUGGAAUCCUCACAAGGCCCGGCUGCGAUCAUAAACCCGAAUCUAGACGGACCCCCCCCUGGUCCUACAGCCGAAAGUGGACGCUUCUUUCCUACCCCGUUCAAGCCUCCUCAAACAACCGAUACUCCCCAGUCACUCUUCGUGCCGGGGAUGAAUUACAAGGCCACUCCACCUGUGCACCGGUUUAUCAAUCGUACUGAUAGCUCCCAAUUCCUCAUCUACACGGACGGCGCAUGUUUAAACAACGGUCAGGUCAACCCCAGGGCUGGUUGUAGUUUCGUUUUCAAGCCUGCCUCCACGCAUGAGGUCGUUGCGCACGUCGCAAUGCGUCUUGAAAAGAAGGGGCCUACUGGUGAGCGACACCCACAGACGAGCAACCGCGCGGAAUUACGUGCUGCGCUCGCCGCCUUGCGAUUCCGGUUCUGGCCCGGUGAAGGGUUCGAUACUCUCGUUAUUGCCACGGAUUCCGCGUAUAUGGUCAACGGCGCGACAUCCUGGAUACGUGGGUGGGCCCGGAAUGGCUGGAAGACAAGCGCAGGGGCCUCUGUUAAGAAUCGUGAUCUCUGGGAGUGUCUAAUCGACGAAGCGGAAAGGUUCCAUCAUUACGGAAUGAAGGUCAGGUUCUGGCGUAUUCCAAGAGAGUGCAAUACCCAGGCGGACCGACGUGCUAAGGAAGCUGCUGCUGAACCGGAGCGAGAAGAGUACAGGGAGAUGUUGGGCGCCUUGGUCUAA